AUGUCGUCCUCACCAGUGACCGGUGCAUAUUCCGUACGCGACAUCAUUGGCAGAUAUGAAUCCGAAGAAGAGGAGUUCUUACGUGAGCUCGAGGAUAUGCGACAAUCCAUUCAACAAGCUGAACAGGAAGAAGACAUACCACAAGACCCAGCACCCAUUCUGAGUGUUCUAUGCAGCUUAGUUGACGAAAUCGGUUCUUUGCGUAAUGAAAACCGACAGCUGAAGACUCGUUUGGCUCCAGGACCAAGUCGGACCAAGAAUAUGGUACAACGUAUGUCAGCCAUCUUUGAUAAUCGAACAAACUUCCUUCCAAAACUUCGAAAACACACUACGAACAGUGAAGUACGUUUGGGAGCCCGAGAACGAAUGUGCACUCCGCCAAGAAAAGAUUGCUUAACGACAUCAUCUAUCUCAACUGAUUUGUCGGUUGAUUCUCGGACAAGAGGAGGUGGACCUCCUCUAGUUCAGCCUGAAUUAUCUGACAGUGAUUUGGACGACAACAUCUUCUCAGAUGAUCACUCUUUGUACGAUCAACAACGCCGUGGAAGGAAUACCCAGCGAAGAUGUGAAAUGUCCUUAAGUGAAUGUACUUCGCCGUCAUCAGCUUCUUCUAGUCGAGACCCAAGCGAAGGCAUGACUUCAAGUCGAUUAUCAUUUCUGGAAAUGUUUGGAUUACGAGGGAAACAAACUGGGAUUAGUCAUCUUCCACCUGUUAAGCCUGCAAUGAAAAAACGAAAACGAAGAGUUUCACAAAAUGACAUAAACGAAAAUCAUCGCACUCGUCAACUUCAUAAACCAAUUCGUCCAGCUUCAUACUAUGUUCGGGACGAUAGCGAAGACUCGGAUAAUAUGAGGGCUCGAAGAGAAACGAGUUCGUUUCUAAGCGUUAAUCAUGCUUAUUCGAGUAAUGAAGCCAUGUUGCGAGUAGAUCGUGAAGAACGUUUACGCCAUGAGAAGGAUGGUCUAGCUGCUGAAAUCGAAGAAUUAAAAACAAGAAACCAGCGAUUAGUUGAGCAAUUACGAGAGAAAAGUUCGCAGAACAGUAAGCUUCAGGUUCAUAUAAACCGCUUGGAACAACAGACUGAUCAUCUAGUGAAACGAUGUACUUUCAAUGAAGCGUUGGAUAAGUUGACUGUUGAUGAAAGAUUGACUAAAACAUCAAUUUUAUUUUUAGAUAAGAUUGAUGAUAAUUUGCGGAAGGUUGAUAGCCGAAUGCAAGCUGCACGAAUAGAAUCAGCAAACCAACACCAGAAGACGUUGAACAAGUCAGCACAGGAGAGAGCUGUACAUCAAACAUGUUUGGAGCAAUUAGAGAAAGUACAAAAAGAAAAUUUUAAUUUAUUGAAAGAACGUUUCAAAGAAUGUGGAUCUAUGGAUGCUGUUAUUCGACGAAAAAUUGAUUCAUUACCAUCAUAUGAAGCAUUGUACUCAUUCACAAGCGGAAUUGUACGAAAGCUGAACGAACUACGGUGGACUGUCCUAGAAAAGUCAUCGGAAGUAAACAAAGCAGAGAUGGAACUGAUUGCAACUCAAACUUCUCUUCUGAUUACACAUGCUCAAAUUGAAAGAUUGCGUAUUGGAUGUAAAGCAAAGAAACGAAGGAGACGACGUCCAGCUUCUUAUCAUGGAGAACACUAUUCUGAAAGACUUAUUCGUAAUGAAUUCAACUUCUAUUUGCCAUUCAAAUUGCAAGGCUCUCGAAUUGAAAAUAUGAGAAGAGCUCAAAGGAAGAAUGUUGAUGACGUAUUGGAUAAAUCAAUAGAAGAUGAAUUCUUAUCAUUAUUUGGCUCAAAUAGUAGAGGUCAGCAAGCUCAAGUUGCUCAAGAGAAACAUUCACAGACUUCUUAUGCUUUACCUACUUCUCGAAUUGAGCUGAUGAUGAGAGAAAUGUCUGGAGGAAGACAAAGAAACAUUCAGCUCUCACCCAUCUAUGAUCAAACAAAUUAUAGUUCAUCAAGGCAUGAACGGCGUCCAAUAAGUUUGGUUGAAAUUGAGGAUGGCAUCAAAUGGCCACGUUUCGAAGAAAGUAGAAGAAGUAUUAAAUAUGUUCGCGAUAUGAAUUCUGACAAUGUGACAGCACGUGAUCUACGAUCAGUGGUCAGUUCACUACAAGAUGUGCAUACGAUACGAAGUCCUAACUCGACUCCAGUUAGUGGACGUCGGAUGUUCGCGUCAGAAAAGAGGUGUUCAAGUAGAUUGCAUGAUUCACUUAAUGACCAACCAGUUCGAGCCCGUAAACUAGAAAGAGGAUUUAGUUCUGAAAGUAGGUAUGAUGAUAGGAAUCUGGUAGAACGUCGAGAAGAUGUACUCCGAUUACGUGAUGAGUUAGCUAAAGAGCGUGAAGAUCGAAAGAGAGAGGAAAAGCGUAUGGUUGAUGCUAAACCAGUAGUUCGUCUGCAGCGCUCACAGCCUGUUCAAGGAAGCCGAAUUAGACCGCCGUCCAUAUCCACAACUCAAAUGAAAGCUCGAACACUCGAAACUAAUCAACGUGUAGCAACAUGCGAUGGAAUUAAAAUAAUUGAACGAUCUCGUACAUUAGAAACGAAUGACUCUAAAGAUAAUAAUAAUUAUGCUGUUUGUAAUCCGAUAGAAAUAGCCUCAGGACAUACGAAGCCGGAAAAAACAGAAAAGAAAUCAUGGUUAGAGAAAAUUCGACAAAUGAAAAGAUAA